UCUCUUCUUCCUAGUCCUUCUCCGUUUUCGCCUUCUUCUCUUCCUCACGCCUCGCAUCCCCACUCGCCCUCCUCGGCCCCAGCCUCGGACACGCCAGCCCCAAUCCAGCCGGCCCACGGGCUUUUGCCCAACGACGAGCCGCAGCAACCGAUGCUGGGCUCGAUGCUCCACUGGGGCAUGCUACCGCAAUCCAGCCAUUCGUCAGGACUCCUGUUGGCCACCUCCAACGCACCGAAUGUAUCACAUGCGAUGGAGACGGCGGCCAGUCGACAUCAAGUGAUCCAAUUUCAGCAACCUCUUCUGCCUUUACAGCUCGCUCUGGAAGUACAGGCACAAAAUCAGCCGCAUCUUCAGCUCCAACAUCAUCCUCCAACCCAGCCGGAGCAGCUGCGAGGGCAGCAACAACAGCGCCGAAAAUUGCCACAGCAACAGACGGGUCUACAUCCUGAUCAAAUGCAUCAUCUCUUCAAGGACUUCCAGCUGAACCUCCUGGCGUCGAAGACGCAAAAGCCGCCGUUUCAUCUCCAGCAUCAGCUGGAGCAGCUGUUGCGACAACAGCAACAGCAACAGCAACAGCAGCAGCCCCACCACCCCCACCACCCCCACCACCAGCAUCACCAGCAUCACCACCAACAGCAACCUCCUGAUCAGCCGCUUAAUCCCAAAGACACAAGCCCGGCUUCUCAUUUGUCCACGGCCAGUCUCGUGCAGAUCCUCGGCCGAGGGAAAAAGGGCUUGUUCCCUUGGACCACGGGGAACUACAACCCGGCCUACCUGUCGGCCAUCCCGUUGCCCACCUCCACCGAUGGCCAGCAAAUGCCACAGCUGCCCACUAGUCUGGACAAACCUCACUGGCCAGGUAAGCCAGUAGACAAGCCUUAA